GAGCUAUGUGGGGACUAUAAAAAGCCAGCGCCAGCUCUGUUCCGGCCAACAGUUGGCAACUAACACUUGGGCUAAGAUCAUCUAAUAUGCAUAUCAAGCUAUUGCUAAUCAGCCAGCUAUUGGCGUUCAGCUGCGCGCAGAUUUGGGCCAAUGACGCGUCGGUCCAUACUGAUGAGGAAACCCUUGACGAUGUGCACCUGCCACACCCGACAACAACAACUCUGCCUGAGCCGGAGCUUGAUGAAAAAGCAACCGCACGUCCCGAUAAUGGAAUCAAUAAAUUGGAUGAAGGCUUAGAUGUAAUUAACAAAGGAACUGCUCUUCCGGAGACUACAAUUCAACCUAUUGAGAGCACAUCUCCCACAACGACGACAACAACAACAACCACUGAGCCUCAAAAGAAAGCAGGCUUGCCUCCUAUGCAGCCACAGGCUUAUCCACAUCCAUAUGGACAUCCGUAUCCUUAUCCUUAUCCCUAUCCUCAUCCUCAUCCUCAUCCCUAUCCUCAUCCUGAGCCCAAAGCCACCUCGGAGAGCUCCAUGCCUGAACCCGGCGUACCUAGCUAUCAUGGCUAUCCCUAUCCCAGCUACCCGAUCCUGCGGCCACCCUACUCUCCCUACGGCGCACCCUAUGGCGUUUUCCGUCAACCUGGACGUGUACCUCAGUACCCAGGCUUUGCACCUGGUCUGGGCUACGGCAACAGCGACAGCGACAGCGCUGAGAAACCUAAGUCCGCCGAGACUGAUGAGACCCCCAAGAGCAUGGAACAGUCAACGGAGCAGGGCCCCAAGUUGCCUGCAGAGCAUCCCAGCUAUGGUUACCCGCCUGUCUACGUGAUCCAACGGCGUCCACUGGUGCCCAGUUACCCCUACGCAAGCCCGGCACGCGGAUACGGCUCUCCCUACGGCUACGGCGGCUAGUCAAACUAAUAAAUAAGAAAAAAUAAUACUAGCUUGAUUGCAAGCAAUCGUGUACAAUAAAUUAAAAACAAUGUAAAAUGUCUAUCUUCGUAUGCCGAAUAUUAAAUACUCUUGAAAACACAA